ACUUUUCUCAUAGCCGUGGUGGGAGGGGGUGUUUGUGCAGAUUGUUUUCGGGCAUUCCAGAGAUCUAGUGAGACCUGUUUGGGGCCUCUCCUCCCUGGUUCUCGAGUUGUCUGUGAACCUCAUAGGCUGCUUCAUCCAGACGGGCAGGAGUGCCCUGCACGGCUAAAGGCUUUCCUGAAUACUGGGAAGGGGGGUGUAUUGAAUGAACUUUACCCCUACCCUCUCCCUCACCCCGGUACUCUCUCAUCAGCCCGUACUAUCCGUGCGGUGGAUUCCUCUUAGCAGAGUGGAAAUUCUUGACUGCGCUGUGUGUGUUUCACUGACUCCGGUGCUCAGCAAAUCCAUGUUGUGAGGCUGCGGCUGUAGCGGAGUUUUGAUGUUAGAAACGUAAAUGUUUUAAACAUGCAAGAGGGCCUCAGAUGUUGGGUGCACCGUGUGUGUGUGUGUGUGUGUGUGUGUGUGUGCCUGUGUGUGUGUGUCUGUGUGUGUCUGUGUGUGUGUGUCUGUGUGUGUGUGUGUCUGUGUGUCUGUCUGUGUGUGUCUGAAGGGCUUGGGCUGUAAAGCUCCCUUGGCUAGAAAGAAACUGUAACCAUCCUGCCAAGCCCAGGGACUUGGGGUCCCUUUGUGAUACAGAGGAGGGCUAGGCUGACUCUUUCUCAGAGCUGCAAGUCAAACUGAGUGACCUGACAUCCUAGUUUAGUGGUCUAGGGUAUGCUGUUUGAGUUUCCCAUACCUCGGUUUCUUCCGUGAGCAGCAGCUCCCUGAUGGGGUAGGUAGCUAAGGAUUCAGGGGAUGAGCUCCCAGGAACAAGACUUGGCUGCCCAACACACCCUUUAGUCUCUCCCCAGCUACAUAGACUCUAAACACCGCUGAUUCAGAUUUUUCCAGUUUUACGAAGCUAUCAGCGGAUUCUGGUGUUUUCUCUGCCGUCACUAGUGUAUCCCUGCCACCCACAGUUACAGGAGAACCCUUGGCCUUCAGCAGCACUCGCGGGGGCUAGGCAGGAAGAAGAAAGUCAGACGGGAGUAGCAGCCAGUCCUCAGGAGGAUGUGUAAGACUCCCCUUCCAUUGCCGCUGAUGUCUCAUUGGCCAGUCCGUGUCACGUGGCCUUGUCUAUAAGGGAGGAAGGGGAAUGCCGUUUUAAGAGUGGGUAUAUUAUCGUUUCCCCCAGUACCACGGAAGACUCAGGAAUGGAACAGUGGAUGGGCAAACCUGCCCCUGCUGUUGUAACUGUUGUUGACCUUGAAUGUGGCUGUUUGGGACAUAAUUAGCCUUCGUUUGAAUGACAAGCCCUGCUGGGAACUCAUUCCUAUAAGGGAGCCACAGUUUGCUUUUCUCUGCUCUACUUUUCUGUUCUCCUGCUGGCUCAGGCCUAUCCUCUCUCACUACAGAGGCAUCUCGGGGCACCUGGGGCACUGGCAGUGAGAGCCCCAUCAACUCUGAAGACUGGAUAUAAGGGCAGGCCGUUAUCCAUGCUGGGAAGGCAGAUUCAUGGCUUUGCGGUGAAUCUGUAGAGUUUCCAGGCCUCCCCUGGCUGUGUUCUCCUCCUGAAGCAGUUCUUAGGCCCACAUUGCCUCCCCAGCUGUCCUGGCUGUCCACCUCCAUUCCAAGUUAAUGAGACAGAAGGAAGGCCUUUGCCUGGAUUUGUCAGCAGGGGGACGUGGCUCAUCAUUGGGCACCGAGGCACUGUAUUUCCUAUCUGUGGUGGCCAUCCCAGGAGUGCUGUGCUCACAGUUUACAGUACUCAGUGAUUCUUACUGUGGGGAAAGCCAGGAAGCUAGAUGACGGCAUCUUAAACUCCACCUCAACCAGAAACAAGGAAAACUUUCUCAGGAUGAGACUUGAAACAUAUGCUGGGUCUUGUAAGCUUUGCACCAACAAAAGCUAGUGUUUUGGCCUGUGUUGAGUUCAACAGGAACUGUCAGCCCCACCGAUACAGCUUACUAUACUUACUGAUAGCAGGCUCCAUUUAAAGGUAUAGUGAUGUCUCCAGAUUCACUGUGAAUUUACUUCUGACUGCACUGGCUAUCAGUUUUUUGUUUUUGUUUUUUUUUUUUCUUUUUCUUUUUUGUAUUGUUUUUUCUGUAUAGUCCUAGCUGUCCUGGAACUCACUCUGUAGACCAGGCUGGCCUCGAACUCAGAAAUCUGCCUCUCUCUGCCUCCUGAGUGCUGGGAUUAAAGGCGUGCGCCACCACGCCCGGCUUGGCUAUCAGUUUUAAUGAAUGCAGGUAUAAACCUAGGUUACUUCUUGUGAGGACAUGAAUGCCCUUUGGCCUGGUAAAUACUGAAAGUAGUGUCUCUGAACCCUCCUUUAAAGUAGGUAUCCCUUUCAAGCAAGUGGCUUCUAAAUACAACUAAUUAGCAAGGAAGAUUUAUUUUAAAUAAUUUAUAUUUAGUUCUGUUUAGACACCACAAACCAACUCUUUGAUAUGUAGCUCUUUAUUUUUGAGACAGGGAGUCCCAGUGCAGUCAAGGUUCAUCUUAAAGUCAUGAUUGCCUUGAUUCGCCGUCCUAAUUGCUGGGAUUACAGGCAUGUCCCACCUUGUCUGGCUGGCAGCCCUGUGUGAUGCGUUUUUGAAGUUCACAAAUAAAAGGUAAAUGCUACUGUGUGAGGCUAAAAGGGACAGUGAUUGGAAGGUAAAUAUCAUCCAUCUACCUGUCCACCCACCCAUCCAUCCACCCACCCACCCAUCCAUCCAUCCAUCCACCCACCCAUCCACCUGUCCAUCCACCCACCCACCCAUUCAUCCAUCCAUCCAUCCAUCCAUCCAUCCAUCCAUCAUCCAUCCACCCAUCCAUCCAUCCAUCCAUCCAUCCAUCCAUCCAUCCAUCCAUCCAUCCACUCUGUGUGAAAAUGUUCAGCAUUAUGUGCUGGGGAUGUAGCUCCGUGGGUGAGCUCAAGGGUAGCAUGUCCCUUCAUAGUCCCCUUUGCAAAGGUAACAUCUUUUUACUCUAGCAUGUAUCUUUCUAGAUUUUCUUCUGUGCAUUUGUAUUUACCCAUGGAAAUUAUCUGUAGACCCGCAUAUACAAUGAUGCUAUGUGUCAUAUAAUGCUCUGCUUUUACUAGAACAAUUUACCUUGAAGACCAUUGUUUACUGAUAUGUCUAUACUUAUUUUAAGAACACUUCUCUUUGUUGUUAAACUUAAAAUUUAACUACACCAUUCUCCUUUCUCCUUCUAACAAUCCUCAUAUGUCCCACACCUUGUUCUCUCUGUUCAUGGCCUUAUUUCUUUAACUGUUGCCACAUGUAUAUGCUCUUAUACUUAUUCAUUAUUUUAAACUGUUCUAGGUUAUGAGCACACAUUUUGUCCCCUUUGCAAAGCACUUAGUUUGUUGCCAUUGCUGCUGUUCAUGUACGUAAUUUGCAUAUAGUUUCCUGGGCUUCUGAAAGCCAUCAUUUUUUAUACAUGCCUAAUAUCUUCUAAUACCUGUCAAGGAUCAUGGAGGAGGACUGUGGUAUUGAAGGAAAUAUUAUCAUGUGAAUGUCUUUCCCAGGUUCCACGUUUCUUCUCUUCUAGAAAGGAGGUUUCAGCUCAUCUCUAUUGUGUCUUGUUUAUUUUUAAGUUUGUUUUUUAUUACAUUUAUGUAUUAUGUGUGUGGGUGUGUGCAUACAAUGGCCUAUGUGUGGAGGUGGCAUUUGGAAGAGGACGGCUUGUAGAAGUGGCAUUUUCCUUCUACCACGAGGAUUCUGGGGAUUGAUCUGAUCUUAUCAAAAGGUGACAAGUUUCCUUUUCUGCUGAGCCAUUUUCCUUGUCCUGUAUUAUAUAUUUGAUGGAAUAAGUUCUGGGUCGUUCAUUCAUUUUUUUUUUUUUUUACUUUAUUUAUUUGUAGAAUUUGGACUACAGUGGCAUUUGAAGGACAAUUCGGCUUGGGUUUUGGCCCAGUCACCCUUUUCAAAAAGUAACUGCAGUUUCUUGGGCAUAAAGGCAGAUUAGGAGUUUUCUAAGGAAAUGUUAACUAGACAAAGUACAAAUGAGACUUUCAGUGUAGAGAAUGCCUGUUUCAGAGAGACGGCCAACUUUUUUGAGUUCGUUUCAUUGAAGCAUACAUGAAAAUUCCAACUUUUUAAACAAUAUAUGGAACUUGAAAAUUAGCUAUUUUUUGUAAGGUCAAAAUUUUCUACAUCUGUGCAUUAACAGUUUUUUUGUUUUGUGUUUUGUUUGUUUAGAUUUUUGGUGUUAAGAUGGAAGCCUUCAGACUGCUUUGUUGUUGAAAACUGGCUUCUUUUAUCUCAGACAUGGCUUGGUAGGAAAAACAUGCCAUUCAAAGCAGUUUUCAUGACUUUCUGAUGGGCAGACAUGUUAGUGCCUUUCAAACAAGCUAAAGCCCCAUUUAAGAAGCUUUCUUUUCUCCUGAGCUAAAAUAUGUGCUUACACAAAGCAUUUUCUCUGCCUGGAGUCCCCUUUGUUGGGCUUCAGUGUUGUGGAGCCAUGUGCCCUGCUGGGCGGUCCUGCUGCGUUCUGUGGCUAGACAGUGAAGGAGGCUUAGGGGGUGGAAGAUCAGCUUCUCCAUGCCUUAGGAAAGCAGAGGCCCUCUGGUUAGGAUGCUUGGGAAAGCCACAGCAGCUCCCAGGAGGACCUACCUCCUAGGUCUAGAGGAGGCAUCCUCUGUCCUCUUGCCAGAUACGGUUGGCAUCUGCUUUGUGUGAUGUUGGGACUGGUUUCAGAGGAUUAUGAAAGGCAUUACAGACUUUCCAUCUGGACUCCUAAAUAUGUUCCCUUUGAGUAGCUGUCCUGGGGCAGCUUAGCCUUUAACUCUAACGCUGGCAGGGUGGGGAGAGGCCAGCCAGAGCCUCCACCUGCAGUGGUGGCCAGCACGGAUGCUGCAGGUGUCACACCAGCUUCCCUCCAGCUUUUGUUCUAAUGCUUGCUCUUGCUUUCUUUCAUGCCAACCAACUUGUUUUUUCAAGUUGUUUUUCCCAAGCUUUGAUGCACAGUAGAAGAAAAACAAAAAAACAAAACAACAACAACAAAAAAAAAAACCCAAAAACCUUAGAGCGUCAGGAUUUUAACCCUGGCAGUUGUCAUAUCACUUUCAACUCUGCUUCAGAGGAGGUUGCCCAAUAUUGAGUCUGCAAACUCAGAAGCUGUGCUGUAGGAUUUGUGUCCCCUUUUGUUGAUGAACUAGGGAAGUGGCUUGCCAUCAGCUUUGUUUCAGUGCCGAACUGUAUGAAUAAUUCUGUUUUCCUCCUUUCUUGUAUGUUUGUUUACAUUUAAAAUAUAUUUAUAUUUCACUUAUACAUAGAAAUAUUUAGGUCUAUUUGGAAAUAAUUUAGGUUUAUUUAGAAAUAAUCUUCAGAGCACUGGAGUCAGGCUCUGGAGUGAGGGAAACUGACUACCAUUGUUCUUUAUGUUAGGCUCUGACUUGCACUUAAUGAAUGAAUAAAUGAAUGUAUUACUUAGCACUUGUGAAUGUCACGCAUGUUAGCUUCUAGAGGUACAAAGGAUGAGAUGGGAAAGAGUUAAAGAAGAGGGAUCCCUUCAGCAGUGUAGAGCAUUGUAUAAAGAGACGGGUAGUAAUGGAUGCCUGGGGCACUUGCUCCUACAGGAGAUUCUCCUCUCAGAGCUCAUGAAAGCACAGGAGUGACUAAGCCAAAUGCAAGCUGGGCAGAACCCCACCAGUCACAAAAGUUACAGGGGCAAUAAGUGGCAUGGUGUGGGCUGGGGACACAGAGGCUAGGGACACUGGGCUAAGUGGUUGGCAUGCAGGGAUCUGUGAAAUGGACUGAACUUUUACCUUGGAGGGCCUUGUAGAACACAUGAGAGACAUGGUGCUAGCCUUCAGUCAGGCUCGCUCUCUCUCUUUCUCUCAUAUAUAUACAUAUAUAUAUAUAUAUAUAUAUAUAUAUAUAUAUAUAUAUAUAUAUAUAUAUAUGGAAUUUAUUGGAAUGAGUUACAGGCUACAGUCCAACUACUUCAACAAUGGCUAACUAUGAAUAGAAAGUUCAAGAAUCUAGUUGUUGCUUGGUCCCACAAGGCCAAGUGUCCCAGGUGUUCCUCUCUGUGUGCUGGAAUUCUGACAAAGGAGGCUCCACUGCCAGUGAGCUAUGGAUGUGCUUGCAAGGCUGGGGCAAGCAGGCACAGAGAAGAACCUUCCUUCUUCCAUGUCCUUAGAUAGGCUUCCAACAGAAGGUGUAGCCCAGACUAAAGAUGUGUCUUCUAUAACCUCAAGAUCUGGAUUAAGCCGGGUGGUGGUGGUGCACGCCUUUAAUCCCAGCACUCGGGAGGCAGAGGCAGGUGGAUUUCUGAAUUCGAGGCCAGCCUGGUCUACAAGUGAGUUCCAGGACAGCCAGGGUUAUACAGAGAAACCCUGUCUUGGGAGAAAAAAAAAAAAAAAAAGGCUGUGGACUUAAGUGCAAACUAGGAGAGCAUCUAGCCUAAGAGUUUUAGGAUGUUAUAGAAUUGUUGUGAGAACAUAUUUUGAUUGCAAAGCAUGUAAAGGACAUGCAAAGCUGUUUUUCUGGGGAAGAUACCCAGAUGAAGUGUGUGGAGAUAGAGUUUAUUUGGUCCUUGACGCCAUGAGACUGGAUGUUACAAUGGACCUCAGCAUCUCUUGGCUUGGAUGGUGAGCCUCUAAAGCAUUGAGAAGGCCUUCCCUACUUUUUGAUAAAACAUUCUGGAAAAUAGUUCAGCAUUUUUACUUAAAAUUGACAAUGGACUCAUGUGACCUAGAAGAUUGUCUCUUUGUAGCUGAGAUGAAAAUAAUGUGCAUUCAUAGUUGCAUUAUGUGUAAUUUCUCCUAAUUGAGAGAAUCUGGAAAGCACUCAAAUGUCUUUCUGUGUUUGAAGAAAUUAUGGCUUAUUCACAUCCAGAAUAAUUAACACUCACUAAUAAAAAGGUACAAACUGUGGUGCAUAAAACACCUUGGAAGAAUCCUAAGGAAAGAGUGGUAGGUGAAGCCAGUCUCCAAUUAAAGUGCACCUUAUAAUUCCAUUUGUAUGACAUUCUUGGAGGAAUGUAGAUGUAGAGGUAGAGGUGAGGUUAGUGUCUGGGGAACUAGGGAUGGGAUGGGAUCUAAAGGAAGAACACGAUGGAGUCUUGCUGCUAGAUUGUGUUGAUUUUGGUGAUAGUUCCACAAGGGAUGCGAUGAACACACACACACACACACACACACACACACACACACACACACGCACCCCCCCCCACACACACACCAAUUUAUUUAUGUAUUAUUGGUAAACUAAGUAAAAAGUAUGAAUUGCUCCAUUGCCAAUUUCUUGAUUUUUGCUUAAUACUUUGGUCUAGUAGAAAAUCAUGCAUAGGACUUUCUGUAUAUUUCUAAGUCAAUGAUUUCUUUAACACUUCUAUAUAUUUUAAUUAUCUCUUGGCAUGUGCACGCGUGUAUGUAUGUGUGAGCAUGCAUGUAUAUAAGAGAGACUGCGAGCACACCCCUCACAUGUGGAGGUCAGAAGACAACUUUCAGGAGUUGGUUCUUCCCUUCCACUCUGGGUUCUGGUAAACUCAGGUCAUUUCAAGGCAAGUUCCUUGUCUAGUCAAGGUUUCUAUUCCUGCACAAACAUCAUGACCAAGAAACAAGUUGGGGAGGAAAGGGAUUAUUCGGCUUACACUUCCAUACUGCUGUUCAUCACCAAAGGAAGUCAGGACUGGAACUCAAGCAGGUCAGAAAGCAGGAGCUGAUGCAGAGGCCAUGGAGGGAUGUUCUUUACUGGCUUGCCUCCCUUCAGCUGCUCUUCGUGACCCCUUCAUGCCUUCAAAACCAGUACCACCUGGGUGACCCUUACCUAUUACCAAAUCCCGCUGCAGCAGGACUACAAACUUGUCUAUCUCUGGAACACAGCCUCUUUGUGCUUUCAGAAAACACUUCCCAGAAGAUGUCACCUCAAUGAUGCUGGUCUCUUCUUAAUCACUGCUAAUUUCUUAGCUCCAGCUAACCAGCAUCAAUAGUCCCAGUAAUGCCAAGUUUUUGCUUUAGUAGUUCUGGUAUCUUGUUAAUCACAGCUGAUUCUUCAGCCCCAACUAACCAGAACCACAGACUCUUCACAAUCAAAACAGAGAUGGCCCUGAAAAGAGUCUUUAAUUUUCCCUCUGAAAUUUCACAAACCAGACCUCCAUUUUCUGCACUGUUCUCAACAUUAUCUUCCAAGCUCCUACACAACAUCUGACAGAACUCUUAACAUCGAAUGAAUCUUCAAGCCCAAAGUUUCAAAGUCCUUCCACAGUCCUCCCCAAAACAUGGUCAGGUUGUCACAGGAAUACCCCACUUCUGGUACCAAUUUGUCUUAGUCAAGGUUUUCUAUUCCUGCACAAACAUCAUGACCAAGAAACAAGUUGGGGAGGAAAGGGUUUAUUCGGCUUACACUUCCAUACUGCUGUUCAUCACCAAAGGAAGUCAGGACUGGAACUCAAGCAGGUCAGAAAGCAGGAGCUGAUGCAGAGGCCAUGGAGGGAUGUUCUUUACUGGCUUGCCUCCCUUGGCUUGCUCAGCCUGCUCUCUUAUAGAACCCAAGACUACCAGCCCAGAGAUGGUUCCACCCACAAGGGGCCUUUCCCCCUUGAUCACUAAUUGAGAAGAUGCCUUACAGCGGGAUCUCAUGGAGGCAUUUCCUCAACUGAAGCUCCUUUCUGUGUGGUAACUCCAGCUGUGUCAAGUUGACACAAAACUAGCCAGUACAAUUAUUUCAAAGCAACAAGAUUAAAAAACAAGCGAUACUUUUUUUUUUCCUUGAGACAGGGCUUCUCUGUGUAAACCUGGCUGUCCUGGGACUCACUUUAUAGGCCAGAAUGGCCUCGAACUCAGAAAUCUGCCUGCCUCUGCCUCCCAAGUGCUGGGAUCAAAGGUGUGCCCCACCAUGCCCGCCUGGCAAGCGAUACUUUUUCAUUGUAUUUCUAAAAUUCUUAACUCUUGGGUAUCAUCUUUCAAUACAUGCAGAUGUAUUUGUGUAGUCCUAAGAAAUCAUGAUGCCCUUCUUGUGCUUUGUUGGCCCUUUUUAGUGGAAAUGUUACACAUUUCUAGUUCCUUCCUUAACCUUCAUUUCUGUCUGCCUUUGAAAACUAAUAAGUUUCAGUGAUUCUGUCAUAUUUAAGAAGAAAGUGCCUGCAUUUGACAUUAGUUGGUAUCUCUGAUUUAUUUGCCCAGGGGUGAUCUUAUGUAAACACUUCCUCUCCCAGGCUCCUGCCUGCUUGUCAGAGGCGGCAGAGCAAUAGCAGUCCAGCUUGCUCACGGUGCUCCGAGGCCCACGGACCGUUAAAGGGCUUCCCAUGGACUGCCAAGAAUGUUGUCCAUAUCCUGAGUGAUCUAGUGGUUUAGCUUGGGAUUUGGUACAUAAAACCAGAGACCAUAACUGAACAGGUCCUUAGGAUAACAAUGCAAAGCCACCCAGCAGGGCUGGGGUGUGAGAGGCCCUGAAUCCACCCUCAGCACCGCGAAGAGAGGAUGCCCUGCAAUCCUGGUGAACAUUCCUUAGGAAAACCUUUGGGUUAAUGUGACUUAAAUUGGCCUAUUCUGUAUUUGCUCCUUGUAAUGAAUUUGAAUUCUUUUUUUUGUGCGGUUUUUCUUGAGAAGUAUUCCAGGGCAUACACCCAAAACCAACCAAACAAUAACAGCAAAAAACCAAACCAAACUGGAUGAAAACAAACCAAAAACACCAACAAAACCCUUUGUCUUCUAAUGUGUCAUUCAAACAUAGAAAAUGGUGAUUAUGAAUGACUGAGAGAUGCAGGCAGCCCUUUCCAAAUAGAUUUGUACCCUGACAUUCAGUGGUACUCCCAAACAUGUCACAUUAUAGGAAGAUGAUAUGUCCAUUUUUGAGUGACAAAUUUUCAGAAUAAUUUGAAAUAUUGGAAAUUAGGUUUUUUUAAAACAGAAUUUCCCUUCUCACAGAUUAAAGCUGGUGAUCCUUGUAAUUACCAAACGUUUAGUUUUAAUGAGGCUAUUAGGAACCAAGUGUCUACAUCUUGUUUACUAAGUUCAAGGUAAGACAAUUUUAAGUGAAAUUUGAUUUUUAAAGAGUGCCAAAUGGGGCUGGAGAGAUGGCUCAGCGGUUAAGAGCACUGACUGCUCUUCCGAAGGGUCCUGAGUUCAAAUCCUAGCAUCACCCCCGUAAUGAGAUCUGAUACCCUCUUCUGGUGCUUCGGAAGACAGGUACAGUGUAUUUACAAGCCAAAUGAUUUUAUUCCAUUUAUUUUACAGUAAUACGAUAUACACAUGUUUUAUGGUCAGUGAAGUAAGGAUGGUAGUUGAUUUUACUUAGCAAUAUUUAUUUAUACAUAAUAUCUACUUAUGUACCUGCUUACUCAGGGAGUCUGGUUAUAUCUGGUUAUAUAGCCCAGGUUGCUCCUUAAACCUAUGAUCUCUUCUGUUUUAGACUGCUGAAUUCUGGGAUUACAGGCACCUGCCAUCACACUAAGAGCUGGUGUCCCCUUUCCCUCCAGAAAUAUAAAUAUGGCACUGGAGAGAUAGCUCAGUGGCUAAGAACCCUGUCUGUUCCUAUAGAGGACCUGGGUUCAAUUCACAGAUGUCCAUCACUUCAGUUCUGGGUGACCUGGCUUAGCCUCUUUUGGCCUCCAUACAUAAAAUAAAAUUAGUGGCAUCCGAGAUGGAUCAGUGGAUAAAGGUGACUUUUGUUAAAUCCCCUAGGGCCUGCUUGUAGACGAGGGAAUCAGCUUUCUCUCUCUCUCUCUCUUUCUUUCUUUCUUUCUUUCUUUCUUUCUUUCUUUCUUUCUUUCUUUCUUUCUUUUAAAAAAAGAUUUAUUUAUUAUUAUUCGUAAGUACACUGUAGCUGUCUUCAGACACACCAGAAGAGGGUGUCAGAUCUCAUUAUGGGUGGUUGUGAGCGGCCAUGUGGUUGGUGGGAUUUGAACUUAGGACCUUUGAAAAAGCAAUCAGUGCUCUUACCCUUUGAGCCAUCUCUCCAGACCCAGAGAAUCAGCUUUCUUAAGUUAUCCUCUGUCUUCUAUAUGUCCACCUUAAUGUGCACACACAUGCACAUAAUAAGUGUAAUUUAAAAUAAGCAAGGAGUGAAAGGAGAAGUGUAAAUGUUUAAAGGCAGUUGGAGAGUUCUUUGUUUUUGUUACUCUGCCACCAAGAACCUGGCAAGCCCGUGUAGCACCGCCGCUAGAUCCCGCAUCUCUUUCUGUAGGCAUUGCUUAACUUGAACGGAAAGGAAUUGGGCUCAGCUCAGUUGCUUCACUGUGUUUUAAUCUUCCGAGGAUCCUGGAUUCUCUUGGCACCUCCUGCUGAGAACCGCAUGCAGGCAGUGCUGGAAAUUUACUUUCUGGUCCCUUCUUACAGACACUAACCUGACCCAAGCAGAGGCCUUCCCUUGAGAUCAGAUUGGCCCUAGCUGAAUGUUUGACAUUUGAUAAUCUCCAGGCAUUCAGUGAGAAACUAGAGGUUUCUCAAGUAUCUAGGUUACACAGUUGGGUAGAUAAGCCAAUUCUAAUUUUCCUACAGCAUGAUUUCUGAAUAUGUUAUAGAAGAAAAAAUACUCCAGGUAUACUCCAGGUAUAGAUUAACAUAAAAUACUAUGUUGUUUAAAAUUUGUCUGGGGGAAAAAAAAAAGGCCUAAGAUUCAUACUAUUCCAGAUCCGAGGCCAUACUGUAUGCUGGUAUGGUAUAGUGGCAGAUGCAUCUCACCUUUACAGCGGAUGUUGGCCACAGACUUCAGGUGGCUUACUAAUGGUCCAAGAAAGAACUAGAGGGAAAGCCAGGCCAUGAGCUCAGGCUGUAGACGCCUCCUUUACAGGCAAAUGGUUGAGAGCAAAGGAGUGACCUGAAUUAAAAAGCAAUGUGUAUCCAGUCAUUGACUGUAAUUUCAUCUUCGUCAUGGUGCAUGGAGUGCAAGUGCCAUUCAGCCACCUCGCGCUGCAAAGAGGAAGAGAAAACAGGCGCCGUUUUCCUCUGGUUGGUCGAUCAUCCCUGAGAGCAUGGUGGAGAGAGGGCCCCUCGAAGCACUUAGGAGAAAUUUUAGCAACACUGAAUAUGAUAUCACAUGCAUCUGCCAUUGGGAAUUUUCAACAAAAUUUGCACUAAUGAAGGCAGGCCACUGGCACCACUAACGUGUGAGCAGCCCUUAGGCUGGUGCAUCUCAUCCAUAAUAUAUAUUUUGUAGUUUGUUUUUUUUUUUUUUGUCCAGCAUUGGGACUCUAAUAAGUGGUUAAAAAGAGAAAUGGAAAUGGUUCAGUGUUGGGGAUCAAACCCGGGGCCACAUGCUUGCUAGGCAAGUGCUGAACCUUGGGGCCGCACAGCAGCCUUCUGAAAUGGGAGUUUCCUGGGUGGUGGGUGAACCCUUUCUCUCACUGCCCUAACUCUGAGGUAAGGAAAAGUUAAAGGGAAGUCCUGUUUAUAGCUUUUCAUAUUCGUUGUUCAGACAAAACCAUACCAAUUUAGAGAGAGUAAUCGGUUCUUUAGGGACGCACACGGUUGUGUAAUUAGCACAGUGAGAAAGCUGUAAGCUAUGCUAGUCUGGGAUGCAGUUUUCCCAAUUCAGGCCACCAAAAUUAUUUUCCUAGUCAGUGUAUUCCAAGAAAUUUUGAUGUUCACUAAGGCAAACAUAAAUGCUGUGGGUUUUUUCUUUUAAAUAAAAAGCAGGAAUAUGAAAACUAUUGAAACUGUGUGUAUGUGCGCGCGUGCGCAUGUGUGUGUAGGUAUGUGUGUGCAUAGGUGUGUGUGUGUGUGUGUGUGUGUGUAUAAGGGAAGGAAAGCAGAGGACAGCAUUGGGUGUUGUUCCCAGGUGCUGUCUGAUAGGUUAUUUCUCUGCUGGUGAAAUGAGCCAGUUCAAGCCAGAGUAGAUUAUAUUACAUGCACAUCUGUUGGGAAGCUGCUCCUCGGGUGAGUUCACUGGCCCCAAAGACCAAGGCCAAGGAAGUCACCAUGGGGAGAGAGAAGUGGGGAGGGAGAAGAGAAAGAGAGAAAGGGUUCGCACACAUGUGCUCAGAGAGAGAAGAGAAAGGAGAGAAAGAGCAAGAGGGAGAGACAGAAAUGUUUGGAUUAUAUAGGGAAAGGCCUCUUGGGGAAGGUCAGCUGGCAAGUUCACGGUUGGGGGUAGGAUGUGCUGGGAAGACUGAGGGAUGCUGGGAGAACCUGGAGGCCAGGUCUGCUUUAAUAUGUAACAUAUACACCUCAAUUCCUUGUCUGGGGUGUGAAGCCAAACGCUCUCUGUCCACCUUGGCUUUUGAGACAGGGUCUCUCCACUUGCCUGGAGUUGGCCUUGUAGGUUUGAGUUGGCUGGCUCUUGGGCCCCUGGCAUCUGCAGGUUUCUGCUUCUCCAUGUUUCUGCUUCUCCAGUGCUGGGGUUACAAGGUUGUAGUAACACCUGAGUUUUAAAAUGUAGUUCUGGGCACACUGCUGACUGAGUUAUCUUAUCAUCCAACCCCUAGUUUUUUGAAAGCAGCAGCAGCAGCAGUCUGCAUUACAAGAUGACCUGUAUCCCUGCUGCCUGGCUACCAAUUGCCAACUUAAAAUUGUAAUAACCCCAAAUAACUUAUACUUUUCUAAGAUGUCCACCAAAGAGGGGCAUCACUCCUGGGAACUUCUGUUCAUGACUUCAUUGUGUCGACUUGCUUUUUAGAAGUGGGAGUUUUGUCUUCUGGUUUCUCUGAGCUCACAGGGUGUAGUAAAUGAGUAGGUAGGUGGUGAGGGGCACAGAUCGUACUCUGGGAAUUUGGGCCAAGAGUCUAAGGAGUGUUUUGAAGAUGACAUUUACAUUGAUUUGUGAAUACAAAGACACUCUCAUGCCAGGUGAAAACUUGCAUGUCCCUUUUUGGAUUGUGUGUGGGGUGCUGUUUUGUGCAUAGUCUGGGGAUCAUGGUAAAUACUUCUGUGAAAUGAUUGUUAUUGGGGUUUCUCUUAGAGACGCUUAACCAUUCAAUAUUAUUGACAGGACAGCUUGGCAGCUGUCUGGAGGAUGCUCUGUAGAGACAGAAAGGCACAUAUUUGAUAGAGACAUUCUUGGCUUGUCACUUCCAGUAUUUCCUGAAGGUCAGAUGAGGUCAGUUGUGUGCCAGAUCUUGGAAGUCUAUGAGCUACCAUGUGACCUUCUAGUGUAUUUCCUUUGUCUAAACUUGUUGAAGCUGAUGCUGUUAUUUUUAGCCUACAAACGCUGGAGAAUUGCAUCAGGACAGAUAGUAUUGUUAAUCCUGCCACUCACCAGAAAAAACAACUCCAUUGUUUUGGGUCAAAUUUAAAGCAAGCUUUAAUUAAAUAUUUAAAUACUGAUCAAGAGAUGGUCAGGACCAUUCCCUGGAGUUUCGGCUAGAAUGGCCUCAAGCCACUUGUUGCAGGGGUUUAUAAGGACAAACCUAGAGGCCACCAUACUUUCCCAUGAGGCUUUGUUAUUUCUGAAGAAGUACAGUUUCCAGCAUUUCAGGAAGUUAUCUGGUUCCUUACAGGUUAGUUUUUGGACACUACAUUAUGUCUGUUCUCCUUGGUCUGUUUGAUGUCAUCCUUGGUUUAAUGGCUUGGAGAAGAGAAGCCCACUGUAAUAACAUCACAGGGAGAGUCAGGGAGAGGUGGGUGGAACCCUCACAAAAUGCCUUCUCUACUACUCAGGUCCUUUCCUUUAGUUGCCAUGGACGGCAUAGAGUAAGAACAUUCAAAGAGAAUAUGAGAGUGAGGUGACCCGUGCUGGCUCUCAGCGUCCCUUUGCUGAUAGCUGAUGAAAACUUCAGACACGGGCACUAGACGUGUUUGUUCAAUAGAUGCCAGGACUUCUGUACUAAACCCAGGACAUUCGUGCAGAAUCUGCCUGAGUUGCAGAGUGCUUGCCUAACAUAGUGAAGCCCUGGGUUUGAUCCCUAGCACCACAUAAACUGGGUGUGGUUGUAUAGCACUCUGGAGGCGAAGGCAGGAGGAUCAGAAGUUCAAUGGAAGGUUGAUGAGAUUGUUCAGUAGAUGAAGGAAGACACUUAGUGCCGAACAUGAUAGAGUAUAAAUAAAUGGACUUUCUGAAAAAAAAGCAAAACCAAAAAUACUAAAUAUUAAAAACCUCAAGAUUAAUGUUACUAACAAGUCCAGACAAGCUGGAAAUAUGUGGAGCCCUUUCUCCAAACAAUCAAAAAGUGACUGUCUGCAGUGUAUGUUUUAUUCUCUGAUUGCAAGGUGCAAUAUAAGGAGCGCUUUACAUUGGUAGGCCACCAAUGUAAAGCCUUAAGAUAGACUUCCUGUCGGGCGUGGUGGCACACGCCUUUAAUCCCAGCACUUGGGAGGCAGAGGCAGGCGAAUUUCUGAGUUCGAGGCCAGCCUCGUCUACAGAGUAAGUUCCAGGACAGCCAGGGCUACACAGAGAAACCCUGUCUCGAAAAAAGCCAAAAAAAAAAAAAAAAGAUAGAUUUCCUGUGAAGUUCAGACAAGGCAGGAUGAAUUCGCUGCAGCUACUGCCUCUAGGGACUGUCCCAAAGGAUUUCGGUCAUCUGACACAUUGCAGCUUUGAGGGGGGAGUGCCCCGCCCACCCAAGCCUCAGUUGAAUGUGGGUGAGAAAUGGAGGUGAAUUUCAAACGUAACACAGCUUUGUUAACUAACUUCCCAGGAACAGCUCUGCUGUUAAUUGUGGCAAACAGCCUGGGAUGUCUUUGUGGUACUGUGGAUUCUUUCAAGGUCUUUGGCGAUCCUGCCAAGCGGGAUCACCCCUUCAUAAUUGUAAGCAUCUUACUAAAUGAAACACUUGGUUCCUUUAUAUAGUUUUAACUGUGUCACAACAGCUUGGCACCCCAUUUCAACCCUCAAAAUUAUAUUUUAUUUUGUUUUGUUUUCUUCAUAUAAUCCUUUCAGCCUAAUCUAUUUUUAGAUUUUAGAAGUGCUUUGUAUGUAUUGGAUGGAAAAACCUUAAUUUAAAAAAUUACUCCCUAUGACCCUGAGGGCCUCCCAUUGUACUUUAACAAUAGUGGAGACACUACAUUGUUUAUUCUGACUGUCUAGUGCUGGUGGUUAGGGAACUUUAGCAGCACAUCUCGGCGAGCCUCAAGGGUGGCAGUUUAAGUCCUUCAUUAUUACAGUUGCUGGCACAAAGUGCUCCGGGCUUAUCCCACUGGCCAGACAGGAGAGGAAUCCAGACCUCCAGCCUUCUCUUUAAGCCUCCAAGAACUGUCUGUCCAUCCCUUCAGUACCAGGUUGCCUGAUGAUGGUCAGAUCAGUACUGAGGAAAUGCCUUUCCAGCCAAGUUGUGUAAGACUUGCAGAGGGAAAGAUGCUUCAUCAUGGCUACUUUUUCUUUCUCGUUUCUGCUCACUGCCCCCUUUCCUUCUUCUCCUUAGUGUCAAGGGAAAGAAUAGUGAUCAAAGCGAAGGGAUCCAGAAACAACACCGUGCUACAGGAAAGAGGAGAAAAUUAGGCUCUGUUGGAGCAUCUCUGCCUGUCCUUCAUAGUUCUCUUCCCAGACCCAGGGGGAUCCAUUUCCACAAUGGCAGUUUUAUGAUGCAAACUGGAGCCUCAAAAUCCCUAACAGAAAACUUGAAGGAUAAGUUUUUCAUUGCACUCUGCUCAGUAGUCUGCACUACUUUGUGGUUUGAGCACAACGAUCUGUUGGUCCAGUGUGUAUUUUAUAUACUACCUGCCAGCCACUUAGCAGCCACUUCGAUUAUCAGUUUAAUUGUAUAUUGCUUGCGUUUAAACCAGUUUUAUUUUACAUAAGAAUGGCUCCAAAGUGCAAGAAUAUUGAUGCCAAUAUACACGAAUGAAACUAUAAAGAGAUCCUCUUAAAUGAGGUGACAAAACACAAUACUUUUAGAGACGAGAGGAGCAGAAAAAAAGAGAUAACCUCAUAAAACCCUCACUGGAAUAAACUGCUUUAUUUCUUUUUUUAGUAUACUUUGCUGUUACUCUUUUAUCACUUUUGAUCUAUUACUGGGCAUUGUUCAUAGAUUAAAUUUUGCCAUAGGUAUAUGUGUCUAGGGGAUUACAUGGGCUCAGUACCCGCUACGGUUUCAGAUAGCUACCAACAUUGUGGAGGAUGGUGACUAUAGUAUCUAGAUCCUGUAACACACAUGCAAAGAUGGAGCCAGGAGCAACCAAGAGCUUUACCAGACUCUGGGCCCCUCAUUUUCUUUCUCUCUCUCUUUCUCUCUUCCUCUCUUUCUCUCUUUCUCUCUUUCUCUCUUUCUCUCUUUCCUUCCCUUCCCUUCCCUUCCCUUCCCUUCCCUUCCCUUCCCUUCCCUUCCCUUCCCUUCCCUUCCCUUCCCCCCUUCCCUUCCACUUCCCUUCCCUUCCUUCUUUCUUUUAAAGAUUUAUUUAUUUUAUGUGUAUAAGUGUACUGUAGCUCUCUUUAGACACAUCAGAAGAGGACAUCAGAUCUCAUUGCAGAUGGUUGUGAGCCACCAUCUUACUGGGAAUUGAACUCAGGACCUCUGGAAAAGCAGUCAGUGCUCUCAACCUCAGAGCCAUCUCUCCAGCCUCACUUUCUAUUUUUCUAAUCAGGGUACCUCCCCCUCCCCCUCAACAGUCCCUCAGCCCUGCCCUGUCUUUGUACAGGACCACUUUUACUCUAUUUGUAUGUAUAGCCAUGUCUUGUGAAAAUUAAAACAUCCUUACAAGAGAAACUUCUUUUUAUAAUCUAGUCCAGUACAUUCUACUUUGUUGAAAUUGGUUCUUAAAAUUUUUAAUAUUUUUAAAUUUUUAACUAUUCCCAUCUUUUUGUGACAACCUAGUAGGCUUUUUUGUUUGUUUGUUUGUUUGUUUGUUUGUUUUUUGACAAAAAUGUGCACAUAUAAUGAUUUAAAUAAUUGUUUAGCAAGCACAGAUAAGAUUUACAAGCCUGUGAGCAAUCUCUGCCCUGUGUCCCACGAUAAAGUUGGUGUGGCACAUGGGCAACUUUUUACUUUGUGAAGUUAGGACUUUCUAAGUUUACUUCCCAAGGCUCAAGAAAUGUUGAAUUGGUGGGUAGGUGCACAAGGACUUAGCUCUAGUGUAAGUAGCCACCUAGUGGCAGCUGUCUGCAUCUGACCAGGGUCCUGUGUUGAGUGAAGUCCUCUGAUUUCUCCUCUGAGAAAGGCCAUCUGUGACUUACAGGGCUUGCCUGGCAGCUUGGGGACGCGUCCCAACCCCUCCAUAUAGUCUUUCCUUUGUUGAUGGGUGGGCUCCAUUGCUGUACUUCCCUAACAAUUACUGUCUAUUGUCUUCAUCUUCCGCGGAGAGGUGCUUUCAGCUCUGGCUGCCGCUCCUUAGGAUUCCAAGCACUUGGCAUUGGGCCCACACAUCUGUAGAGUUACAAGCUCCUGAGGUAACUAUGCAUGGCCGUGGUUUACAAAUACCAACACAGACUAGCACCCUAGGAUCAAAGCAUUCAAGGAAAAUGUGCCAGUGUCCCACCUUGCUCCUCAGAAGAGGUAAGAAAGGACUUUUCCCCCCUCAGGGCCAGGGAGAUUGAGAAGUCCGGGGAGCUGGCAUCCGAGUUGGCCACGGAAAGUGAAGCUGUCAGGGUUUUGGCUCUGUUUAGCUCCAUCCUCCCAAACACUUUGAUGGUCUCCCAGCCAGCUCUGAAAUAGCUGUGAAUAGGAAUCUGAUUGUUGCGUGCCAUGAAAGACCAAACAAACUGGCAAUUUAGAGAAGUCUUUGUGUCACCCCUCCCUUGCAGCACCCACUUUCUCCACCCCCCCCCCAAUAAUUAAUGUGAUCAAAUAACCCCCCUCAUGUUUAGAAGCCCGAGAUCAGCAUAUCAAAGGGUGGGAAGGGCCUGGCAAUCCUUACCAAACUCGCUCUGAGGGAAACAAAACUUAUUUGCAUAGGAAGAGACUUCUCUCUCUUUGCCUACAGCUGAGGAGUUUCCCCAUAACUCCCUGUUUUGGGAGAAAAUUGGCCAAUUCCCUUUUUGAUUCAGUCAUUUCCUGAAGGUAAUUCCCGAGAGUUGAAGCUCUGGGUCCAAAUCCCCUCCGAGGUGGGAAUGAAUUGACAAGUGGAAGCCCCGGCAGUUUACUAAUUCAUAACUCUACCCCCUCCUUCUUCGUGUUGCUAAACACUAUAAUCUGUGACCUGAAAGGAAGAACACUACCAGCAAGUAAAUAUUGAAAAGGCCCUAUGAAGUAUAAUGUGUGUGAAUUGUGCCUGGGGAGCCCGUCUGCUGGGAUGAAGUUCUCAUCUGCUAAUGAAAGUGAGGCGGUGGUUUUACAGGAGGUUGAAAGGAAAUACUUUUAAAGUGCUAAGGGCUGGAGUUUAGUGUGUGAGUAUUCCGUGUGACUGAGCGCGCACUGUUGUGAAUGAAUGAACUCUGUGCCACCGAGGACCACUGGGAACCCUGAGAGGAAGUGGAAGCAUGACUCACGGAUGUGCUUGAACUGUGUAUCAAGGUGUGUGUGUGUGUGUGUGUGUGUGUGCGCGCGCACGCGUGCUAACUUCAGAGCCAGAUCUGAAGCCUGGUAGGAAGAAAGACCUUGGAUCAUAGCAAGGAGAGGGCUCCUGGCUUACAGCGCUAGGCUACUACCCACAUCUGAGGACAGCGGCCCAGUCUCUUCUGUGCAGUCUCGGGCGUGCAUCGCCUGUCCGGAGGAUUCACAUCACCCUCAAGACUCAGCCAGGCUGGAUGUCACUCACGGUGGCUUUGUUCUAAAGGCCUCCAGAUGAGAUUUAUCUAGGCAUCUGCGGUUUCCAACUUGGACGAGGAGAGUCGAUGGACUGUCCACUACACGGCACCAUGGCAUCAGCAAGAGAAUGUGUUCCUUCCCGCCACAAGACCCCCCUGUGUUGAGGACCUGCACCGCCAAGCCAAGCUCAACCUCAAAUCAGUGCUGAGGGAAUGUGACAAGCUGAGGCAAGAUGGCUGCCGAAGUUCUCAGUACUAUUCUCAGGGACCCACCUUUGCAGCCGGCUCCAGCCCCUGCGACGAUUAUCAAGAUGAAGACACAGAAGCAGACCGAAAGUGCUCUCUCUCUUCAUCUGAAGAAGAAAGAUUUAUCGGAAUCAGGAGACCUAAAACGCCAACCUCAGGUGACUUCUCCGACCUUCAUACUCAGACAAACUGGACCAAGUCCCUGCCGCUGCCAACACCAGAAGAGAAGACGCGGCAGCAAGCCCAGACGGUCCAGGCUGACGUGGUUCCUAUAAACAUAACUGCAUCAGCCACUGGCCAAGAUGAUGAUGGUAGUGCCCAUUCGCUGUACGUCCCAGACCACUACUCUACGUUAGGAAGGCUUGAUAGUUAUCGGUCCACCGGGCAAUGCUUGGAAACCAGGGACACCAGCUGUCAGACCGAAGACGUGAAGGUCAUCCCACCAUCAAUGAGAAGGAUCAGGGCUCACAAGGGGGUAGGCGUUGCUGCCCAGAUGAGCCACCUCUCAGGUUCCUCAGGCAACAUGUCUGUGCUGAGUGACUCAGCCGGUGUUGUGUUCCCAUCUCGCCUCAGUAACGAUACUGGUUUCCACAGUCUUCCACGUACCGGCCCGAGAGCAAGCACCUAUUCACUGGAGGGAAGGAUGGGUGCCCUGGGCUCUACUGAAGAUACGGAUGACACUUCUCCCUACCAGGGGGGUAGCUUACAGGGGCAUGAAAACUUUGCGCAUUUAGGAGGUGCGUCGAGUACUGGGAUGCUUUCGAGGCCCAAAUCCCAGCAGUUGAGGUUUUUGGAGAGUCCAGCAUGUGUGGUUUCACCUCAUGCAGCCUACUCUACCAGUGUCAUCCCAAAUGCCACGCUACUGUCCUCUUCAGAGGUUAUUGUCAUUCACACUGCUCAGAGUGCAGGACAGCUGGACAGUAGAACACCCGGUUCAUCUUCAUAUUCAAAAAUAAAACCCAGAGACCGUCCCACACCCAGAUGUUCUGUGAAAGAUGACCAUCAGUCCCCCCGUCAUCACUGGAACGAGGGUCAUCUCAUUCAUUCACGGGCUUUAGCCUCCUCUGUCCCUGGUGCCACCACGCUGUUAUCCCUCCAUGAUUCAGAGGUCUCUCUAAAUGCCCCAGCAAACAGGGAAAAUGGAUCCCAAGCCAUACUCUAUCAUUGUAGAAACAACCCAAGCUUUCCUGACCACCCUUCAGAUGUGGAUGGCAAGAGCGAGUGUAGUUAUUCGGGGGACAGGGGAUGUGGCAGUUCUGAGCCCUGGGAAUAUAAAACCUCCAGCAAUGGGCGGGCAUCCCCACUGAAGCCACACCUGGCCACUCCUGGUUGCUCUACUCCCACAAGUAACGUGAGCAGCUGCAGUUUGGACCAAACAUCUCUCAAGGGUGAUACCAGGUCCCUGUGUUCAGAGGACCAUGAUGGUUACUAUACUACCACUCACGAGGCUGGGAACCUGUACACUCUCAGUGAUGGCUUGGGGAACCCCAGGCACAGCAUGGUCAAUGUUUUUGAUGGAAGGGCUCAGAGAAGCCAAGGGGAUCAGGCCGCUCACCAGGAUAAAAUCCUUUCGAGAAACAUCUCUCUGAAGAAAGCAAAGAAACCACCCCUGCCACCAUCCCGGACCGAUUCUCUGCGAAGGAUUCCCAAAAAGAACAACCAGACAAACGGUCAGGUGCUCAAUGAGAGCCUGAUCGCCUCGCUCCAGCAUUCACUGCAGCUAAGCCUCCCUGGCAAGGGCGGCAGCUCCCCUUCCCAGAGCCCCUGCAGUGACUUUGAGGAACCCUGGCUCCCCAGGUCCAGAAGCCAGAGCAUUGUUAGCGAGGGUAGUAGCUUGACCUCCACCACCACUCCCAACGUGUAUUCUCUGUGUGGGGUCACUCCGUCCCAGAGCGACACAAGUAGCGUCAAGUCGGAAUACACGGACCCUUGGGGUUACUACAUUGACUACACGAGCUUGCAGGAAGAUCCAGGGAACCCCACCGGGGGCUGCUCAGCCAACACUGAGGCAGCAACUGGAAACGGGCCAGUACGCCACAUCCAGGAGGGGUCGAGAGUCCCAGUGCCCCAAGUGCCGGGCUGCUCAGUUAGACCAAAGAUCGCCUCACCAGAGAAGUCACAGAGAGUCACCUCUCCAUCCAGUGGGUAUUCUAGCCAGUCGAAUACACCCACAGCACUCACCCCUGUGCCUGUGUUUUUAAAAUCAAUGUCACCAGCAAAUGGAAAGGGGAAGGCCAAGCCCAAGGUACCAGAAAGAAAAUCGUCUCUGAUCUCUUCUAUGUCCAUCUCAUCAUCGUCCACUUCUCUCUCUUCUAAUACUUCUACCGAAGGAAGUGGGACCAUGAAGAAACUGGAUACAACCCUGGCCUCGGCCCUUGCCCCUCCCCCUCCUCCUCUUCCCCCUCUGCCUUCUCCGUGUCUGGCAGACAAGUCCCCUUUUCUUCCACCACCUCCUCCUCUAGCAGAUUGCUCCGAGGGCUCUCCUCUGCCGCCCUCUCCCAUGUUCCCCCCUCCACCACCAGAAGCCCUUGUUCCCUUCUGCUCCCCCACCGACGGGUGCCUUUCUCCUUCUCCCACAGCAGUUAGCCCCUCUCUUCCAAGAUCCUUGCCUCCUGUGCCAGCACCUCCACCUUUCUUGCCCUCAUCAGAACCCCCGCCCGCUCCGCCUCUGGACCCCAAACUCAUGAAAGAAAACAGGCCCUUUUUCAAAAACUCUAGCCAGUCCGAAUCCUCUAGGGAGGCCCUCAGGCGGCCUGCCAACAAGGAGGAGGGCUGCCGACCCCCCAUGCCCCUGAUCACCACAGAAGCUUUGCAGAUGGUGCAGUUGAGGCCAGUGAGGAAGAACUCAGGUGCCGGGGCAGUCCUGUUUUCUGAACCAUCAGCUCAGGAACAACGAACUCCGACUGCUCCACAGUAUCACUUAAAGCCAUCUGCUUUCCUCAAAUCCCGAAAUAGCAUAAAUGAAAUGGAGAGUGAAAGCCAGGCUGCCUCUGUGACGAGCUCGCUUCCGAUGCCUGCCAAGAGCCAGAGUCAGGGUGACCAUGACAGUGCAGUAGAGCGUGGCGGCCUUCCGAGCUGCAGCGAUGGAGCUCCAGGCCCGGGUCCCAGCCUCAGGACCACUCUGCUCCCAGACUCUUCACCCAGCAGGAAGCCACCCCCCAUCUCUAAGAAGCCCAAACUGUUCCUGGUGGUACCACCUCCGCAGAGAGAUUUCACAGCGGAGCCCACAGAGAACGGGAGCGAAGCUUUCCCAGGCGUGCCCAGCCCUACCAGGGCAGAGGGGGAAGCUGUGCGGAGCCAAGAGGAGAAAUCCAGCCCAGCAUCCCGAGCUGGCUCUCAUGCUACGGCCCCCACCCCCGGCAGUCCGGCUCUAGAACCGGGAACUGCAGGGUCCUUAUCCUCUAGCAUUGUGGAAGCCAAUGUCCCCAUGGUCCAACCUAAUACAUCACCGGGCCCCACACAGGAAGAGUCAGGCGAGAACAGUGUGGAUGGUGAGAGAAAUGCGAAGAGCUGCCUGUCUCAACAGGGCAGAGAAGCUGGCUUGCUGGAACCCAACACAGCUGCUUCCUCUUCAGACCCCGUGGAUGUAUCUAAGGAAGAGGGAAGCGAUGAGGUGCUGACUCCGACUAAACCCAGGACAACAGAAGACCUGUUUGCAGCCAUUCACAGAUCUAAAAGGAAAGUCCUUGGCCGGAAAGACUCAGAAGACGAUCACACUCGAAAUCACUCUCCCUCCCCGCCUGUGACACCCACGAGUGCUGCCCCUAACCUGGCCUCUCCAAAGCAAGUAGGGUCUAUCCAGAGAAGCAUAAAAAAGAGCACUACCAGCAGUGACAACUUCAAAGCUCUGCUGCUAAAGAAGGGGAGUCGCUCGGACACCAGCGCUCGCAUGUCAGCGGCUGAGAUGCUCAAGUCUACGGACCCUCGCUUCCAGAGAUCUAGGUCGGAGCCUUCGGCAGACAGCCCGGACAGCCCAUCCAGCUGCUCCCCCAACAAGAACAGGAGAGCUCAGGAAGAGUGGGCCAAGAACGAAGGCCUGAUGCCUCGGAGUCUGUCCUUUUCGGGCCCUCGGUACAGCCGCAGCAGGACGCCACCCUCUGCGGCCAGCAGCAGGUACAGCAUGCGGAACCGCAUCCAGAGCAGCCCCAUGACCGUCAUCUCCGAGGGAGAGGGAGAACCUGCUGAGCCAGCGGACAACAAAGCACGCAGGGCCCUGGAUGCUACCAGGGUGUGCUCUCUGGACAGACUGACGGGUCAGGAGAUGGACCAGGCCAGCCUCCUCUGUAGCGAGGAGCCUGCCUCUGUGGAUGGGAUAGGAAGGGCUGAGGGCAACGGUCCCUCGGAGCAGUGUGGGGGUACGGAACAGAAGAGUUAGUAUCAGAGCCUGCCUCUCAUGAGUGAGGCAGGAAGGUGAGCUGUGCAUCACUCUAGGAAGUCUCUGUGGCCUUUUCCUGGCUUGUGGGGACCCCACUCAGCAUUGGUGUUGGGGAGGUCUCGGCCUUUCGGGUCUCUUAGGACUCACUCGCCGUGUGGCUUAAAAGCAAGUAGAAGCUUCAACUUCUGAAAGUGCUUCCUGGGGAAGAUGGUUUGCUUUUGUUGUUUUGUUUUGUUUUUCCCAAAAUGCUGGGUGUGUGUAUAUGUGUGAAUUUUGAGUACUUCAUUCUAACAAAUACACACACUAACGUUACGUAUAGAAAUAGGAGAAAAGGUCAGAGUUCAGGUAGGGUAAUGGAGUCCACUAGACCAGGGUGAUAAGUGGUUUCAGCGCAUUACGGGUGUGGGAAUGUGUAAGUUCACGAAGAGACUGGAAGCCGUUAGUGGGCUGGUUCUAAGUAUAGAACAUGUCUGUGUGUGCACUUACUCAAGACACACGGGAAACCAGGAAGGGGCUGGGAAGUGGCUAAGCAACUCAUUGGUUCAGGUACUUUAGGGGGCGGGGAGGCCUUGGUGCAGCUGCCGCCUCCUCCUCCUCCCCCUCCUCCUCCGCUUGUAAAAAUUACACAAAUGGAAGUGGCAAGGCUGUGUCCUGUGCCUACUGCAUACAUUUCUAGCCUUGGUGUCAGAAGCAUGGGUGGGUUUUUAGUUUGUUGGCUUUUUUUUUUUUUUUAAAUGAAUUCCUUCCUGGAGUUGUUAAUGAAGAAUGAAGGAAGAGAGGCAUCGUGAGAGAAGGGUAGGGGAGUGAUUAAUACUGCUGGAUUUGUUUCCUGCUUAUUAAAUAAAAUAUUUUCACAAUUAAAUCAGAAAACAUGCACUGUAGAAUUAUAGGUGAAGCUUUUCUUUUAAAGAGUCGUUUUGUUUUACAAUCAGAGUUUUAACUUCCAUGUGACAGUUUGUCACUUGAAAUGUGACACCUGGCAUUUUCUAACUUUUGGCUAUACCAAAGAAAAAUAAUAUGGCUAUUUUUCACCCCUGAACUGCUUACAGCAUCUUGUUUUAAUUUAGAAGGGUUUACCAAAAUCUAUUAUAUAUUAUCUCCCUUUGAAGAAAACGGUGACUCUAGUCAGUGACAGAAAUUGCUGAAAAUCGGUAGGGCAUGGCUAUGAACUAGCCCUGGGAAAUGAGUUUUUAGAUUAAAAAGAUUUUUUUUUCUUUUGCACAGCCUGGUUUGUAUGAUUUUAUAUUUGUUUAUGAGUUGAGUUGCUGAGUCCCUUCGAGGCUCCUCCCAUCAGAAUUGCAAAUGUGCUUUAGAACCGGGAUUAGAGUGUACAACCGUAUUUAUUUUAAUAUCACCUCCUUGGGCUCCUUGCCCACUCCCAGGUUCCGUGUAUCCAGCCGAAGCGCACGCUACCUUAGUCUCCCAGUGGCUACACUGACCUUCUAAAGCUGCUGGCAGUGGCCAUUGACAAUGUGUGACAGUGUCUGGAAGUCAAGCCACACAAGCCAAAGCAUCCAAGACUUCUUCCACAGAACCUUUGAUAGCCAUUUCAGAUACAUCUCUGAGGAGAGAAUCUAGCAAACAAAGCACGCCUCACAGCCGCAAAUGAUGACCUGACAUGUGGCCUCAGAGAUUUGUUUUUUUUUUUUUCCUAAAUCCGCUGUGUCACUUUUCAACUGUGUGGGCACACAGAUCAUCUCCUGUAAAUCUUAGGCCAUGUUGACAUUUGAAUACCUAAAAAA